GACCCCUACCAUGGCCUAGGUCAACCCAGAAGACCCAGAGCCCACUCCUCCUCCCUCUCUCCACUCCAAGCUUACCGUAAAUGGGGAAGGACUGCUCCUCAACUUAGCUGGCUUAGCACAGGUGCCUGUCUGGCCCAAUACCCACAAAUCAUCUCCAUGGGCAGGGGCUAUACUGCAAGUCAGGAAGUAUCACAACAGGAAGCAAUCUCAGAGACCAUUUGGGUUAACUGUCCAUCUUAGCAGUGGGGAAACUGAGGCUUCCUGAGGCUGUGAGGCUUGCCCAAGGCCCCACAAGCUCCUCUUAAGUAACACAGUCCCUGUUCCUGAUCAGUUGCCAAGUCACCAGUUCUACCUCUGAAUUACUGCUGGAUUCCAUGCCCCACAUCCAGGCCACCCAACCCCCCAUCAACCCCACAACUUCUUCCUGGUAAAACCCUCCUGUGGCUCCCCAGUGGCCACAGGAUUCAGACCAAACAGCUUAGCCUGCAAGACCCUUUGACCCACCCUGGCCCUCACUUACCUGUCCAGCCACCUCUCCCCUAAGAAGGAAGCCACAGCUAUGAUGACCACACCCUACUAUCCUGCAUGAGCUAAGCACUGUCACCUCCAGGUCUCUGCUCAAGCUGUGCUUUCUGUGGAAUGCCUCCUCCCCAAUCUUAGCUGAUGGAAAUCUACUUGGCAUGCAAGGCCUUUUUGGGGUCCUUUCUCCCACGAAGCUAUCAUUAUGCUAGGUUGCCUCCCCAAUCCUGGAAAAUUGGGCCAUGUCUGAUGCACACUGUCCCUCCAGUGCUGUGCAGGGCCUGGCUGAGAGCAGGUGCAUAAUGGACAUGCCCAGAAUAAAAGAGACUCUGGCUUGGAGAUGGCGUGGUCCUCCCCGCCCCGGGUCGUUCACUCUCUCCUAUUGUGGGAUUGGGACUCUAUCCCCUACUCCAGGCCACCUGAACAGGAGGAAAACUGGGCAGGUCCAAGAACAACACCAGGUUUGGCUGUUUCCUCCCCCUACCCAGGUUGAGUUUUCAAGCUUUUCCCCCUCGGAGGUUCGUGGAAGGGGCAGAGGGAAGGAGAGAACUGGGGGAAGGGAGAGGUGUAAGAAGACUUUUCCAUUAAGGAAGAGGGCCAUGGAGCCUGACAGACCCCAGGGACAGCAACAAGGAGCUAGGCCUGCUGCCUAGCUGCCCUCCCCCCACCACAUACACCAUGUGGAGAGUGGGUCUCACAGCUGCCUUCUCUCCUGCCCUAAUUAGCAGUUGCCCCCCCCCGACCCGCCCCAAACACACAUACAUUGUCCCAGGCCAGCGCCCCAGCCAGGGCCUCUUUUGUGCUCCCAGAUUCCUGGGUGCAAGGUGGCCUCAUUAAUGCCCAGAGACCGCCCCAUCUCCAGGGAGCAGGCAGACAGACAAGGGGGGGACCCUGGGCACAGUGAUCGAACUCCCGCUUCUGAGAGCCUUGGCGGCCAUUCUUUGGGCCCAACCUGGAGACGGCUGCCCUGUGGGAAGCUAAUCUUAGACUUGCCUUUGUCUGGCCCCAGAGUAGACGCAAGUACCCGUCUGUCCUGCACCACCUCAGAGCACUAUAAACCCCAGGCCCUUGAUCAGUGGUCACAGUCAACGGCCUCAAAGUUCCUUGCUAUUUGGACCACUGCAGACAACACCUUUCUUGGCUACCCCACUCUGAGCAACAGACGCCAUGAACCCUCCCUCUACAAAGGUCCCCUGGGCCGCCGUGACGCUGCUGCUGCUGCUGCUUUUGCUACCGCCCGCGCUCCUGUCGCCGGGAGCGGCAGCGCAGCCCCUGCCCGACUGUUGCCGCCAGAAGACGUGCUCCUGCCGCCUCUACGAGCUGCUGCACGGCGCGGGCAACCACGCGGCCGGCAUCCUCACGCUGGGCAAGCGGCGGCCGGGACCCCCUGGCCUCCAGGGCCGGCUGCAGCGCCUCCUGCAGGCCAGCGGCAACCACGCAGCCGGCAUCCUGACCAUGGGCCGCCGCGCAGGCGCAGAGCCAGCGCCGCGCCCCUGCCCCGGGCGUAGAUGUCCCGCCUUGGCCGCUCCCUCUGCGGCGCCUGGGGGGCGGUCUGGAGUCUGAGCCGUUGCUCUGGCCGGGUUCUGACCCUGCCCUCUCCUCGCUGCCUGCCGGGUGUCAGCCCUCAGAAAAAGGGCAAUAAAGACGAGUCUCUGUUAGUGAAGCUGGUCUCUGUUCCUUUGCUGUCGCAUCCCGUCCUGCAGGGGGCGUGAGAGUCUGUAAAGAGCCCGAGGGCCUGGCAGCC